AUGGUUCUUCCAAACACGGUCACCACAGAGAGGGAGCAGCAGAGUGCUAUCAUAGAGUUGGACAAGCUCUUGAAUAGCAAGACAUCGACUCCUGCCGUCAGCUUUGUGAACAUUCUAUCGAGUUAUCCGACUACCUCUGUCUGCAACAGCAUUUUCCUGAAACUUGGUGAUAUCUUCAAGAGCGGCGAUAACACCAUCCGGUUUUGUGUCCUGAAGGUCUUUGAGAAGUGCAGGAAACUUCUGGUUAGGGUGUUUAACGCCGAGCGCCUGGUGAAAAGAGUGCAUCAUGUGUUUGAGAACGAGAUUGAUCCAGCAGCGCGAUCUCUCGCUAUCAGGAUGUUUGCAUGCAUGGCGAUCCUCCUUGUUGAUGACAAGAGAAUCCAUAGCGAUGUCAGAAACGCGAUCCGGUCUCCAAAUGAAUCAGAGGUCUCCGCCUGCAUAUUCUGCAUCAAAGAGCUUUGCCGAGUCUCAAUCUCCUUUGCAAGCGACACGCUCAGUCUCAUUCGUGAAAUCGUCUUAGCUCUUGAAACGCCUCUCAUGCAAAGAUUGCAGCUGAUUUCCUCCCUGGAGUACAUGUGCGGUGAUCCUGUCACUGCGUUGGAUUCUUGGGUUCUUCUCACAGAUGUUUUGGAUCGCUAUCCCAUGCUGCCCAUCGUUCUUGUCUCCCUCAGAACUCUUUCUCAGUUGUCGAUCAAGAGCAGCAUACGACAUGAGCAGCUCAUCAAGCUCAUGCUAGAGUACAUGAAGACCGAUGAACGAAGUGAAGUCCAGUCGAUGGCAGCGCACUGCCUUUCAACAUUAGUGUCUAGCGCAGCUUUUGUUUUUGAUUGUCCACAUGACGACAUCGUUGCCGUUGCCCGAACGUCGAAAUGCAUCGAAGUGCAGGAAUCCUGCAUUCGCAUGAUGGUCGUGUUGGUUGAGCAAGAAUCUUGCGAUUCUUCUGAGGACUUGUAUUCAUUUCAAUCCAAGGUUUUGACUUGCGGAUCAACAAUGUUGCAAGAAACUGGAAGUUUGAACAAAGAAGACAUUACCUUGAUGCAUACUCUACUCGAAAUCUUUCCGACCAAUUCUGCAUCAUCGAAAAGGAGUGCAGAGAGUCUCGCUGCACAGAUGACGCUUUGCUCCCGUGUUGUGGGUUCCUUUUGUGAAGCCAUCAACACAACAUGGGAGAAGGGUGAUCCCCAUCGCGCGCUAGAAGCAUCUUGUCAAAGUCUGUCGUUAUGUGCAAGUCAAUUUCCGCACUUGAUGAACGAUCUGAUUCGAAAGUUGUUUGAGUGUCCCAGAGGCUCGGAGAAUCCAGUGUUGUUCUUGAGCCUCGUGAAGUCCAUCAUGUUUCUUGGAAUGUCGAACUUGAAGUCUCAGGUGGAAACGAUUCAAAUGAUUAAGAGCAAGUGCUUGUCUGCGUUGAGAGAGAAUCCUUGGAACGGUUACAGGUUGUUGAGGAGUGCGUUUGUCAUGGGAUAUCUUAAGCUCGCUCUGCCUUUAAUCGACGAGCUGAAAACGAAGGUUGAAAGCGUCCGCAUGCGAGCAUGGAUGUCCUCCCUCUACUUCCUGGCCGAGGCUGAAGAGAUUAGAACCUCUGAAAAUUACUCGAUGACGGUCGAGAAGCUCCAGGAGGCGGCUCAACAGAUGUAUGUUGUUGGCCCGAGCUCCAAGACUUUCACCUUCCAGAAACGAUACCUCAAGGCUUUGAUCACCUCCAACGACGCCCUGUCGAGGCUCAGACUCGCAGUCUGGGACUGGCUCGAUUUCCGACCGCUCGAUCCAAGUCAAAAAGUGCAGCACAGUGACACUGAAGAAUUGCACGAAUGUAAGAUGAUAUCAGAAGCAAUCAGAUCGUUGGAGGUUGCUAAGGACAAGAUUUUGGAGCUCAGGCGAUGCAGAUUUGGAACAGACGCGCAGAGUGAGAUGUGUCUUGAGCAACAUGCGAUCUGUCAAGCUUUCAUUGCCCGAGUUGCCUCCGUUAUGUUCCUCAACGAGGACAAGGAGAACUUGAUCUAUGGAUGGGAUUCGAUCGUGGAGAGCAUCAUUACCAGAGAGAAGCAGACUGUGCUGGCGAUGUUGCCGGCUCAAACGUGCAAGGCGCUGAUGAAGUGGUUGACGGACCUCUUCGCGGAAAGCGGGCGGGAGACGAUGGAAGGGAACGACAGCGAGCGUGGGGAGCUGUCGGAUCUUCACCGGGUGCAGGCAUUCCUGCAUGUCAUGGGCGCGCUAAACAAACUCCCGCUGCUCGUGCCCCCGAGCUUCCUGGACACUUCCAACCCUGUCUACGUGGACAUCAAGUCCCUGCCGAGCCCUAAGAGCGCCAUGGAGCCGAUCGAGACUCAACUUGGCAUCGGAUGCGUCCUAAAGAUCGAAGCCACCAUCGUCAACCUCCACACUAGACAGUCGUGGAGUUCCCAGAUUACAUACAUCGUCCUCUCUGUCGUGAUCAAUUAUGAUGCGCUGGACCCCAAGGGCACGACUGCUAAGUUUCCUCAGAGCAUGCAGUUCAAGCUGCGGUGCAAGGGAGGGUCCGUGUCGACCUCCUGCCUCCUCCCCGUAUCGCAAGCGCUCGGCUCUUACUCAGUCAGCAUCAGCGCAGACAUCCUCGACAAUCGGGGGAACUGCUGGGAUGGGGGGCCGGCGACUUCUCUCCGAGUCCGGACGGUUCAGACUCUCGGAGCAGUGAAGAGCUCGGGGACGGCGAUGACGCAAGCGAGCGCGUGA